AUGCUCGACAAAAAGAAAAUCGGUCUGGAAUACGAUUCCAAGGACACCAGAAAACAAACAGUUAUUAAGUCAAUGACAGACGAACAGCGCAACCAAGAAGCCAAGGAUACACCCGCGAGAGGCGCAUACGACAUGAGUUGGUGGCCUUUAGGCGUAGCGGACGCGCAAGGACCAACAGAAGAAUCAUGCAUUGUCCAAAAAUCACAAGACGAAAACGACUACCCACGAAUUCCCGACAACGUGGAAGAGGCCACAAGGAGAUUAGCGAAUUCUCCACAGAUGUUCAGUGAAGCAACCGAGAAGCUUCUGAACGUAACACGCUAUGACGAGGAUUGGGAGGAAAGACAGUUCCAAGACCCAGAGAUAUCCGAUAGCGAAGACUCAGAACACUGGCCUAUGAACGACGAGACGGAUGGGUCUCUCAAAGCCAUCAGCAAGAAGCCAGAUUCAUUGGGCAACAACUGGAUUCGAAUGCCAGGAAGUUUCGACCCACUGAACGAAGAUUACGGGACUCAAUGGGAAGGCCGUAAUCCCAACACGGAGACACUCUCAGAAAUACCGGAAACACCCGACGAAAACUUUCACGAACAGAUACCCAGUCAGGAGGACGCUGGCAGCACUGACUCGGAAGAUGAUCAAAAAGGGGAAAACAGCGAAGCCGAUCAGCAUGUCUUUACUCUACUGAAAGAAAUCAGUAACGAGCAAUGGAAAGAGAAGUUGAUCCAGGACCUAAAACAGGAUCCAACCAAACUUACAGGGGAACUGCGACGCAUUAUCUCGCAAUGUCCGCACUGGAAGUUGGACUGUUGGAACCCACAGAGAGAGGACUGGGCAACACACAGAACCACGGGAGAAGACAUUGGACAGGAUAUUGGGAAGACUAUUGUCAAGUUCACUACGACGCGAAGCUUGGACAACAUUUCCCACGACAGCCACGAGGCUACAGUUCUGAACCAGAACGCUCGAGUCAUGGUGGACUCUGGAGCAACGGGCAACUUCAUGGAUCCAAGAUUUCAGGAACAGCUGAAGAUCUUAGGGAUAACAAAGGCUACGCCAGAGCCUAUUACAGGACUGAACGGUGAACCAUUGGGAGGACACCUCACAGUCGAAUCAGGACCAGUACCUAUGGUUGUAAAGGGUCAUUUCGAGUAUAUAAGUUUCGACGUGACACCUUUGGGACGAUCUACUAACACGCUAACUGAAGACGCCGAGCAGGUGGACACUGCAGUCGCAGUUAUGGCAGCAACCAAACCUACGGGAAAGGAAUGGUUAGCACGACUUUCUGGUUGGGCACCAGAUACACGACAAGAGUACGCCAACACGAUGGCUACUACUGAAUACAACACGGAACUGCACGAACAGAUCGAGUCAUGGCAAAUGAUCGAUGCUACAGAAUUAGCGGCCAGCAAAGAAGUACAGCAGUUACCAGACAAAUACGAAAGAUUUCAGGAGCUAUUCGAAUAA